UUGUGCCUUCUGUCUGCGCUGGUGUUGCUUGAGUGGCCAUGGGCUCCAGCAGAGACCGCCUGGAGUGCAGCGGCUGCCUGGACCGGCUAUCUGGGUGUACAUCCUGGGCAAGAAAGGGAUUUUGUGACACGCACCAGAGGCUCAUGAAGAGGCUAUGCCCCAGAAGCUGUGACUUCUGCUACGAAUUCCCAUUCCCCACUGUGGCCACCACCACACCACCCACCAGAAUGAAAACCAGGUUGGUGAAAGAGGGUAGGAACAUGACCUUCCACUGCGGGCAGAAGAUCCUACACAAGAAAGGCAAAGUAUACUGGUACAAGGACCAGGAGCCCCUGGAAUUCUCCUACCCUGGCUAUCUGGCCCUGGGUGAGGCACAGCUGAGCAUCAUUGCCAACACAAUCAACGAAGGCAAUCAGACACCCCAAAACCUCCUUUCCAGAAGAAAAAUGUGA